AGGUCCACGCGGGACAGCGAGGGUGAGGACGAUGAAGCAGAGAGACGAGGACGGGGCUGCACCCUGCAGUACCAGCAGACCGUGGUCAAAGUCCUGACGGCGUUCGUGGCGGACGAGGACGACCCCCCGGGUCAGACCGUCUUCAUGCUGAGCAGCGAUUGGCAGGUGGACGUCACCGCGAUGGUGUGGGACUUCCUGAAGGUCGAGGACCCUCGGGUGGCCCGGCUGCUGGACGCAGGGACGCUGGUGGGACUGGACCCUGGGAGGACCUCUAUUCAG